AUGGACAAACAAGAACAAAACAUUUCAAGUAAUGAAGAGAGUAUCAUUGUUGAGGAAGUGGAAAUCGUAGACUUGGACUAUUUUGAAGAAGAGGACGAAAAAAACAAUAAACCUCACCAAGUAGGAGUAUUAUUACCACCAUUAGAAGAUGUGAUAACAGUCGACCAAGAAAUAAAAGAAAAUCAAAAUUUGUUUCAAUUGAAUUACAAAAAAAUAGCCAAUGAAAUUUCAAUUAUUAAAGAGGUAGAAGAAGAAAUUGCAGUAAAGAAAGAAUUUAUAGGAUCGAUUGAAAAUUUAAUUAAUUGGAUGAACUCUCAAUUUAAUAAAAAUUUGAUCGACUAUCAAUUAUUAAAACCACUUGUUGAUAAUAAUGAAUUUAUUAUUGAUUUAGAUUUAAUAAAUUCUUUGGAUGAAUUAUUAUCAACAUUAGAAUCCGAAUUAAAAAUGCAAGAGGCCGACACCGAAAUUAAAAAGGCCGAAGCAAUGUUAGAAGGUGUUGAAGAAUCGAGAAAAAAAUCUCAUGAUGAAUCUUCAACUACUCCAACAAGAAAUAAUAACAAUGAUAUAAAUAAUGGUGUUCCAUUAACAUAUUCACCAAAUUCAAGUAUGACGAAUCUCAAUAACACCACUACUCCUAUAAUAACUAAUGCAGCAAAUGCAACUUCAUUAGUACCAUCACCUCCAUCGAUUACUACUUCUUCUUCCAUAACUGCUGGUGAAGUCAUAACCAGUAUUGUAUUCUCUUCUUCACUAUUAGAUGAAUGGUACACAAAAAUAGUUGCCGCUGAUGAAAUAUUUAAACAUCAAGUAUAUGAACAAGUUAAAGAACUAAUUAGUUUCUAUCAACAUGAAAAAUUCAGAGCUCCAAUAAAUGUAGUUGAUCAUGUAAUAGAAAUAGUAAAUAACAUCAUCCCUCUAUUUAGUGAUAAAAUUUCUUCUAUUCGUCAAACUUUAUCUCAUGAUAGACAUAUAGGAAGAUGGUUUGAUAGUUUAAAUGAAUCAGACAAAUGGAUCUCUGAUAUAUCCAACAAAGUAAGACAGUUAGAAGUACCUGAUCUAAUAAAUAAAUAUGAUUGGACUGAUGAAAAACAGAAUAUUGAAAAUUUUAUCCAAGAACGUUGCCAAGUAAUUAAUGAAAUAAAACAAGAUGUUUUACAAUUUGAAGAUGAACGUAUUUGUAAUUUAGAACGCAAAUCAAAUGAUCUCUAUUUAAUGAUCCUAAAUUACCAACCUUCCAACCACUCCUCCCCUAAUGUCACCAACACCAAUGACAUAAACACUAUAUCAAACUCUUCAAUGAUCAUUCAAAAUCCUCAAGAGGAUUCAAUAGUAAUAGAAUUAAUGAAAGGGCAAUUAAAAAAUUUAAAAGAAAAAUUAUCAAAAUUAAAAAAUUCAAUUGAUAAUCUAUUGUUACAGACCAAUGUUGAAAAAAGUUUAAUGAUUAUUGGAAUUUUAGAAAGUUUACAAAGUUUACGUAACGAAAUGACUCAAAUUCGUAAAUCAAUCAUUGAUUAUAAUGAUGCUGAUAUGGUAAAAGAUGAUAUUAUGCAUCUUGAAGAAAAAAUAAAAAAUUUUGAAAAACAAUUACCUCUUGAAGCAGAAAACAAUUUAUAUUCUUCCUCUCCUUCAGAAACUUCCGAUAACAAUAACGAUAUUGAUCUGUCAACUACAACUACCAAUACCGUUACCACAAAUGAUGAUGUUAUUUCAUCAACUACAAUUACUACCAGUACCUUUACCACCAUAAUUACAGUAGCUAAUACUACUUCGCCCAGUUUAGUAAAGGCUUUAAAAAACAAGCAUAAUAAAUUAUUAUCAACUAUACAAAAUAUUAAAAUUGCUUUGGCUGAAAACAAAUUACAAAUGGUUGCCUACUUGUCGCCCUCAUCACCCUCCUCUCCUAUUUCGGCCAGUUCUGAAUUUGAUCAAUUAAUUAACAUCAUUGAACAUAAUUUAGAAAAUUUCUAUACAAGAUUGUGUUCUCCCCCAACAUACACUUUAGACAGUAAAAGUAAAAGUGGCAUUGAUGAAUCUGAACAAAUUCAUGGUUUGACAUGUAAUGAUGAUCAUAUUGAAGAGUUGAAUGAACGCUAUGAUAAGAUAGAAUCUGAGUUGAUCACAUUUGAGAGAAGUUUAUGGGUGCAGUUCUGGUUGAAAUCUGAAUCUGCUAAACGAUUACAUGGUGAAGAGGUGGUCGAACAAAUCAAUAAGAUGGAAAAAAAAUAUGCAGAUAUUAAAAAUUUGAUCAUCUUGCGUCAAAAAGAUUUACAAAUAAUCAAAGAAGGCAGAGAAUUUGCAAAGGGUGUUAAUGCAAUCAGAGACCAACUUGACAUUGUAAAGGGUAAGAUGAGACGUCAAGAUACAAAGACUGAUGCCUCAAUACAGGAAUUAAAUUCUCAUAUGACUGAAACCUUGGAAAUGUUAAAGAAUCUUGAAUCUGCUUAUCAACAUUUGUUAUCUCCUGAUGUUGAAGAUAAAAGAUAUUCUGAAACAAUUGUUGAACAACAAAAUCAAUAUAAUUUGGUGCAAGCUUGGAUUGAAGAAGUAAAAAUUUGGUUUAAGGAAGCUGAACGUAUGCGUGUGUGGAUAGAUGAGCGUAUUGUAAUAUUGGAAAAUUCUCCUAAAUUUGAUGCUUUUCAAGAAGAUAAAGUACCUGCUACACGAGAACAAGUUGAUGAAUGGCAGGAUGAUUGUGAUAAAUUGGAAUUGGAAAUUGAGAAAUUUGAUGCUGAAGAUAUGACUAGAUUAAGAGCCCAUGUCAAAUCUAUCAUGGGUGCUAACACCUCUAACAGUGGUGAUGGAAGUAAUAGCAAUAGUAACACUCAGUUUAAUGAAGCAAUGUCACCUGCUGACACAAUGACAAUUGCCAUCACUCUACAAACACUUAAACAACUUGAUAAUUUAUUGGGAUUGUUGAAACAAAGAUUAAAUGACUUAACUGUGUUGUCACUCAGAGUACAAUGGGAACAUGAAUUUGCUAAAGCUUUAAAUAGAUGGAAUGAAUUGAUCAACAAUAUCAAAGAUGUUAUUGUAAAUAAAGUCAGAUGGAAACAACCAGUUGGUAUCAGAGAUGAUGAUGAAUGGCUCAUUGAUGCUAAUCAGCCAAACAAUAAAGAUCUGUUAAUUGAAAUAGAAUCAAUAUAA